CAUGGUAGUAGAUGCAUCUGCUUUGAAGAAUGGGAUUAAUGCUUCUAUUCCAGUUGGUGAGCAAGUUGGAGAUGGUGAAGCAUGUGAUAAAUAUAUAGUUGACCCAGAAGAAUUGAAGAGUCAUCCUAUUGAUACUCUGAUUUCAGAACAUAAUCUAGAUGAUGUGGUUGCUGGCAUUGAUAAGUUGGGUGCUUUGGGCAAUUCUGCCACUAAGAUCCCUACCCUUGAUGAUUUUGAAAUGCCUCCAUUUACCGAGUCUCAAAUAGUAGCGAUUGAAACCAAAGGUGGUGACAUCGUUACACCUGAACAACAAGCAAGAAAUAGAAAUCCUGGACCGUAUGGUAAAUCACCAUACAUUGAUUUUAGUUCAGGCGGCAGCAGCACAAUCAAUUCUCCUACAUACUUUCACAUUAAACACCCAUUCACAAAUUGCAUUGGCUUUGAUGUUGACAAUGAUCUGAUCACCGAAUUUAAGGAUUGGGUGAAAUCGAAAAUGUCUACAAGACAUGGGAGGGAAUCAGUGUUCUCUAAAAAGGCCAAUAAGAUUGUGAAUGCUUUUAAUAUGGGAGUUGAUACAGUCGACAAAAUGGAGUGGUUCCACACUAUACUGACUACUGGAAAGUGUUGGCAAGACUCGGUACGUUGUCUUGAACCUAUAAAUUGUCUGACUAUGAUUUUUGACUUCCACAGUGUAUGAAAUAUGCAUUGAAACUAGUCUGAAUAUGUGAUUUUUUGUCUG